UUCUAUUCCCUCUUAUAACUCCCCAAAUCGUUAGAGCAAAUACCAUAGAAACAAAAGAGAUUGCGCCGGUCAAGAUGGGCUUGAGAUGGCCAAUAGAGUUGCGAUCCCGCCAAGAACCAAGACUGUGAACCAUUCUCGCCGUUGCAUUCUCGCCGCUUCAACUUGCAUAGCAAAUAGCACACAUAAACCCUAAACCUUGUUCUAUUCUCUAUCGCAUAUUCGUGUAGCAGCAGUGCUAGCAAUGAAUCGAGGAGAGUCCUGGCGUGGAUCGCAUUCGCAUCCAGGCACUCCGCCGUCCAGCCACUGGGGAAUCUCCUCUUCACGGGCAAGCAAAAUAUCUGCAAUCCAGGGCUUGGGAGUCUCUCUCAGCGAUGGCGCUGCUGGAUGCCAAGGAUCUGGGCGUCUCGAGCAAGGCAUUCAAUGUUUUCAGCCACCUCCUCGCAGAGCUGAAAGGAGGAUUUUUGUUGCAAGGAAGCUGGAGAAAGACUUACGUCUGGACAAAGAAAGAGGAUUUCUCUCCUGUCAAGGUGGAAGACUUCUAUUCGGACUACUUGUUCCAGAGCUGGCUCUGUGCCAGUGUGGAGAUCAAAGACGAGUGGAUUUUCAGGGACAACAUCGAGCGUAGAAGUCACCUUUCAGUCGAUGACUUUGUACGCGAUUUCGAGAGGCCGAACAAACCAGUUCUUAUCACCCAUGCUAUCAACGACAGGCCUGCGCUGGAACGCUGGAACCAGGAGUAUUUACUCGAGCUGUGUGGGGACGAGCUCACAUCCAAGGUUGUGCCGACUAUUGUAAAACUUUUUGCGUCGACCGACCGUGCUAUUCGAGCAAGUUUAUUGCAAAACAUUGAUCAGUUUUUCCGCAUUUGGCGACUGGUUUUUCGGACACUUGUGCCCUGCUACGAGAACUAACGUUGAAGUCAAUGCUCAUUCUUGCACCAAAGUUGUCUCAAAGAGGAUCUCUUAUCGAAAUUGCAGUUGACGAAGAACCUGCGAUACGAACGAACACUACAAUUUUACUGGGAAACAUUGCCGGCCUUCUUAACGACUCUACAAGAAAAAGAGUCUUGAUCAACGCGUUCACGGUGAGGGCUCCAAGGGAUGGAUUUGCUCCUGCCAAGGGGUGCUGGUAUGCGUCCUUCUUUAAUCAAUGUGUUACUGAUGUGUUCA